AUGAUAUUCCAUCUUCGAGAGCUUUAUGAAGAAGGCACACACAACAUGCAUUUCAGCGCAGUAUGCGACCUUUCGAGAACCAAGAUGGUGAAGGAAGCAUCAAUUCACCAACAUAGACUGACGAUGAUUGGACUCAUUGAGCAGCUGGAAAGUCUUGACAAUCCAUUGGACAAUAAUUUGGCUACUGACAUCUUCCUUGCGUCCCUUUUCUAUUCCUUUUCCCAGUUUGUCAUAAACUACAAUAUGGGAAAGAUGGAGCACACUCUCUCAGAGCUCCUAAAUAUGUGUGUGACUACUAAAAAGACCUUCAAGAAGGAAGGAGGGAAAUGGACAAUAGUUGUUUUUAAGAAGGGAUCUACUUCUUCUGCUAAGCCUAAUCAGAAAGGUAAAGGUAAAUUCAAAGCCAACAAGAAGAAGAAGGGGAAUCUUGUUCUCAAACCCAAGGGAGGCAUCAAGAAGAAGUAG